GACAGACAGAAUAUAUAAGAAGGAAACCAGAGAUCUGGUGCUAUUACGUCCCCGACUCUAAGGGAACGAAUAAGCACAAAAUUAAAAGCAUUCUUCAGCCUGAAUUUUUAAGGGGUGCACUUAAGAACGAGGCAAGCUGAUUUAUGAUAACUAAGUUUUAAACUCGAACAACCAAAGGUGUAAAAAUUAGAAGCUGCUGACAUUUCAAUCAACAUGAAAGCCAACUUCUCCCUUGCCACCAUCAGCAAAAACAUUACCAGCAAUCUUCCCGUUGGACUUGUGAACAUUUCUAGCAAUGAGUCUACCUUUAAUUGCUCACAUAAGCCAUCAGAUAAGCAUUUAGAUGCAAUUCCUGUUCUUUAUUACAUUAUUUUUGCGGUUGGAUUUCUUGUCAAUACUAUUGUGGUUACACUGUUUUGUUGUCAAAAGGGUCCUAAGAAGGUUUCCAGCAUUUACAUCUUCAAUCUAGCUGUGGCUGACUUACUUCUUUUGGCUACUCUUCCUCUCUGGGCAACCUAUUAUUCUCAUAGAUAUGACUGGCUCUUUGGACCUGUGAUGUGCAAAGUUUUUGGUUCUUUCCUGACCCUGAACAUGUUUGCAAGCAUUUUUUUUAUCACCUGCAUGAGUGUUGAUAGGUACCAAUCUGUCAUCUACCCCUUUCUGUCUCAAAGAAGAAAUCCCUGGCAAGCAUCUUAUAUAGUUCCCCUUGUUUGGUGUAUGGCUUGUCUGUCCUCAUUGCCAACGUUUUAUUUCCGGGAUGUCAGAACCAUUGAAUAUUUAGGGGUGAAUGCUUGCAUAAUGGCUUUCCCACCUGAGAAGUAUGCCCAAUGGUCAGCUGGGAUUGCCUUAAUGAAAAAUAUCCUUGGUUUUAUUAUCCCUUUAAUAUUCAUAGCAACAUGCUAUUUUGGAAUCAGAAAACAUCUACUGAAGACCAAUAGCUAUGGGAAGAAUAGAAUAACUCGUGACCAAGUUCUGAAGAUGGCAGCUGCUGUUGUUCUGGCGUUCAUCAUUUGUUGGCUUCCUUUCCAUGUUCUGACCUUCCUGGAUGCUCUAGCCUGGAUGGGUGUCAUUAAUAGCUGUGAAGUUAUAGCAGUCAUUGACCUGGCACUUCCUUUUGCCAUUCUCCUGGGAUUCACCAACAGCUGCAUUAAUCCCUUUCUGUAUUGUUUUGUUGGAAACAGGUUCCAACAGAAGCUCCGCCGUGUGUUUAGGGUUCCAAUUACUUGGCUCCAAGGCAAGAGAGAGAAUGGGUCAUGUGGAAAAAGCAGUUCCCUUAGAGAAAUGGAGACCUUUGUGUCUUAAACGUGAGAGUGGAAUACAUGUUAUCAAUGUGCCUACUUGGCUUAAAAGAUCUCCCUGAAUUAUCUUUUAAUGGCUUUAGUAAAAUAACAAGUUUUUCCCCUUAAUGUAAUCUUUUCUCAGACUUCUAGAACAGGAAACCAAAUGUAACUCUUAAGUUUUAUCCUCCAGUGACUUUCAAAAACUGCCUCCUUUUCUCCCCUUCCUUGUCUAUCUGUACAAGAUGUCACUGCGGAGACGUAUCUAUAAUCUAGAAGUAACUGGGAAUUUAUCUCAAAUUAUAAUUAAUAAGAAAUUGUGAAUGAUGAUUUGGAGUUUCAGAUUUCUCUUUGAGAAAUUCUGGAGUCUUUGUUGAUUUUUAUAUCUAUUUUCAUCAAGCUUUUCUCUUGAACCAAGGCCAGUCUUUUAAUUCAUUGCAUUAUUUACAAGAUAGUAUUCUAAAAGGAAUGAGCACUUCUA